AUGGCUGCCACAAGCCAGCCCCACCAGGCCACCUACGAUGCCAUCGUCAUCGGGGCUGGCAUCCAGGGCUCCUUUGCUGCCUACCACCUGGCCCAGCGCCACAAGGACACCCUCCUGCUGGAGCAGUUCCUCCUGCCCCACUCGCGGGGCAGCUCGCACGGGCAGAGCCGCAUCACCCGCAGCGCCUACACCCAGGCCUUCUACGCCCGCAUGAUGCCCGACAGCUUCCGCCUCUGGGGCGAGGUGGCACGGUGGGAUGGCACCGGCGGGGUGCUCUUCGCCGACCGGGCGCUGCGGGCAGUGCAGGACGUCUUCCGCCGGCAUGGGGGCACCGUGAGGGAUGGGGAGAAGGUGCUGCGCAUUGAACCCGGGGCCAUGCUCACCAUCACCACCACUGCUGGGGUAUACCGAGCCCCCCGGCUCAUCAUCACAGCUGGAGCUUGGACUGGUGCCCUCGUGGCACCCCUGGGUCUUCACCUGCCGCUGCAGCCCCUGCGCAUUGACGUCUACUACUGGAGGGAGAAGGAGCCGGAGAACCCCAGCGUGGGCAGAGCCAGUCCCUGCUUCAUCACCUUGGGGCUGAGCCAAGCCCCCCACAGCAUCUACGGGCUGCCCGCUCUCGAGUACCCAGGGCUGGUCAAGGUAUGCUACCACCACGGCAGCCCCACAGACCCCCACCAGAAGUGAGACCCAGGUGUCUGGGGUACUAACCUCUCACUCACCCUAAGGUGGGCCUUGCCAUGCCCUCCUCCCCCAACCUUGGGUCCAAGAGAAGACCCUGGACCCCUCACCCCACGGCUCCCCCAGAACACUCCAGAUGAAGACUUCAUCCUGGACCAGCACCCCAAGUUCAGAAACAUCAUCAUCGGGGCUGGCUUCUCAGGCCACGGCUUCAAGCUGGCACCGGUGGUGGGGAAGCUGCUGUGUGAGCUGAGCCUGGGCGAGGAGCCAUCCCACAGCACAGCCCCCUUCGCCAUCACCCGCUUCCCCGGCGUGCUCCGGGCUGCACUGUAG